AUGGCUGAUUCUGAGGCGCCCGCUGUCAAGCAAGGAGGCUGGGGCGACGACAAGGCCAAGACCUCACGCCGCAGCAAAGCUGAAGAGGAUCAGGAAGAUGAACGUUUGACCAUGACCACGGUUCCAGGCGUCGACGACGACGAGGCCGAUGAGUCGGAUGAUGAAAUCCCCACCAUCCCUGAGGCUGCUCAAGAAGCAGAUCAAGAGGCCGACAUCACCACUCAAAUUGCUGAAGCUCCCAAUGCCAAGAUUCAAAUCACAACCAUCGCCGAUCUCGACCGUGACUUGGAGGCAGGCCUGGAUUUCACCAAGACCGUGAGUCAUUUUUCCGCGCACCCAAAUCGCCGCAGGUCAGGCAAAGGCUCAUGGAUGCAACCUGACUCACAGGAGGGUGGGAUCGACUUGUCGGCCCUCGCCAAAAAUCUGACGCCCAAGGAGCAGUUGCUCGAGGUAAGAAGCAGUGCUUUUUCAAUCUGUCCUUGA